AUGCUCUCAAAUUCAUCAAAGGUCAUGUCAAAACCAGUCACGUGAUGUGUCAGUGCCGCAUGUAAACACAGCACAAAUGUGGAUGAUGGAGGUUGAAACUGCCAGACCGUAUUUCUUUGGAGACAUAGGCUGCUGGUCAGAGAGGACCGAGGUGCACGAGGCGGCCUCCGAGGGACAUGCUGCCCAGCUGCAGCAACUCAUCCAGAGCAGAGCCUCUGUCAACAUAGUGGCUGUGGACUCUAUCACCCCCCUCCAUGAGGCAUGUGAAAGGGGGCAGACCCAGUGUGUCAGGCUGCUACUGGAUGCUGGAGCACAGGUGGAUGCCCGUAACACGGACGGUAGCACCCCUCUGUGUGAGGCCUGCUCGGUUGGGAGCUUUGACUGUGUGAGGAUGCUGCUGGACAUGGUUGAAUAAUAGUAGCAUGGGGCCAAUGUGAACCCCACUCUCUCUUCCUGGACCACCUCACCCCUACACGAAGCUUGCAUGGGGGGUAAUGCUGACGUUGUGAAGAUCAUGAUCGCUAAAGGUGCCAGUCUGGAGGCAUAUGACCUGUACUAUGGGACCCCAUUGCACGUGGCGUGUGCCAACGACCACACGGCCUGUGUCAAGGCGCUACUCAACGCAGGUGCCAAAGUGAAUUAUGCUCGGCUGCACAAGACGGCUCUGCACCAUGCUGCUAAAGUGAAGAGUGUUGACAUGAUCGACAUGCUGUUGGAAUUUGGGGCGAACAUCUACGCCAAAGACAAAAACGAUAAGAAGCCCAUUGAAUCCAUCGAAUCCGGUUCUCCCGCUGCACUCUGCUUAAAGUUUUAUGAAACUAAGUCACAGUGUGAGAGAGGUUUUUAUACCACAGUUACCAGUUUUAAGCAAUAGAUGUGCUGUACCAGUAUGGUUUUGUGGAUUUCUAAGCAAUGUCACAGUGUCACCAGUAGGUGGUGCCCAUUGCUAAUUUAUCAGGAUCAGAAAGUUACAGGUAGUGGAAAAGUAAAAGAAAUGUAUAAAAAAAUAAGAACUUUAUGAUGUUGAACCCAUCAAAAACAGCUGUUUGAACACUUCUUAAUUGGUACACAAUACUCAGGUCAAGGUAGAUUUAAUUUCUUCCUGUUUUUUAUGGGCCUAAUUAUAGAAUGACAAAGUAGAAUCCAUAUUAAUUGAAUAGGAUCUCUGUGGUUCUAGUAAUAACGAUUUGUCAUU